UACAUGCUGGAACUGCCAUGCGUAAGGGCUUUGAAAAAAACACUGUAGCCUCUGACCCUAACUUCAAGCUAAGAGCUUCUCCAUGUGAAGCUGAGCUUCAGGAAUUAGUCCACCAAAUUGACAUCAUGGUAAACAACAAGAAACUGGAAUGGGAAAGGAAGGUGCGAGCUUUAGAGGCAAGAAUGGAUGUCCGGGAUCAAGAAUUAGCAAAUGCCCAAAGCAAGUUGGAUCUGAAAGGUCAAGAGGUAGGGAUACUUCGACAGAAGUUAGACAGCUUGCAGAAGACUAAAUAUGAGAUGGCUCAGGAUUUCGAAGCUCAACUUCAAGCACUGAAGUCUCAAUUUUGUAAACUGACACAAAGCUAUGAAAAACUACAGUUACACCAGAUAAAACAAGAUAGGGUUCACGGUAAAGAAAUAUGUGCAGAAAAUCUGGAAACUCCAUUUGAACUGAGCAAUUUAAACCAGAAAUUGGAAGAAUUUAAAGCAAAAUCAAGAGAAUGGGAUCAGAAGGAGUCACUAUAUCAAAACCAUCUCAUUUCUUUAGAUGCUCAACGAAAAUUAUUGUCUGAGAAGUGUAAUUUAUUUCAGAAACAGACACAGAAUUAUCAAUUCCAAAUCAGCAAUAAGAACCAGAAACAGGAAGAUGUAGCUACCUCCAGCCAAUCCAAAAUUGAGAGGGAUGAGUUCAUCAUUGAAAAAUUAAAGUCAACUGUGAAUGAAAUAGCAAUGAACAGGAAUAAGUUACAAGAGGAAAAUCUAAAACUACAACAGGAACUAACAGUGUACCAAACACAGUGCCAGAACGUGGAGGCAGGACUUUCAGAGAUGAGAAAUGAGCUGCAGUCACAUGAUGCCCUCUGGAGAGGGAUGGAAGCGGAAUUUCAGCAGCUGCGUAAAGAAUUAUUCAAAAUUGGAGAAUGUAAGAACAUCCAAGAAAAUCAAAUAAAGCUUCAAUCAGCCUAUGCACAAUGUAUUCAGGAACUGGAAAACAAAAAAGCAGAGCUAUUACAUUUGGAACAACACCAGGAAAUUCAGCAAAAAGAGCUAAAAAAGAUAAGGGACCAUCUUUAUCACGAGGAGCAGUCCCAUAGCUCUGAGCGGGAAAGAAUGAGGACAGAAAUCUCUGACCUGACAGAAGAGCUUCAUCAGAAGGAGAUCACUAUAGCAACUAUCAUGGAGAAAGCUACUCUUCUGGAAAGAAAGUUAAAAAUGGAGUUAGAGAUAAAAGAAAAAUUGUUAGCAAAACAACAGAUGUCAGAGAUGAGGUAUGAAGCUAUCAGCUCGGAAAACACACAUUUGAAGAAGAUGAUAGAAAAUCUGCAGUCUAGAAGAUACAUGACUAUAGAUUUAUCUAACACAGAACAUGAGAGUUACACAGCUUCCAUUCAUGAACUUGAGUGUGAGAAUGAAAGGUUACGAAAUAAUCUUGGUAAAUUGCAGAGUGAUUCAGAAACAUCAAUACUGGCUACUCUGGAUAGAUAUGGAGAAACAAAGCACACUAAGCAAACCCAAUUAGAAAUGCAAGAAAAGGAAGAGAGAAACCAAAAUCUUACUCUACAUGGUCAAGGUGAUAUCAUUGGUACUAAAAGUGGCAGCAGCUUAUCAUCUCAGAGACUUAGCAGAAAUCAUGACCAGAAACUAGAUGGUAAAUCUCCAUCACCACCAAUGUUAUAUCCUUCACACUACAACAGCCCAUUUCCUGAAAAGCACAGGUGUGAUGUUUUACUGAGCCAUGUGUACAGUGUGGAAGAAGUCAACCCAAUGCUUCCCCCAGAGAGGUCCUUACCUACAACUGCAACAGAAAAGUUCUUUCAAGAAGAAGAGAAACGAGCAAAAGAAUUUGAAGAGAUUUUAAAUUCACACAUUGAAGAACUGCAAAGGCAUUCUGAAAAUACAGUCAAAAAAUAUGCCAGGCUAAAGCAAAAUAGACAUAUAUGAGCCUUUUAGCUUUUUAUUUGCAGUUUAAAAAAAAUAAAGGUAUAACCAAAUAGUUACUCUUCUGAUUCUCAAAACUAAACUCUGCUACCAUUUUCUUGAAUUUACACAGAAGACAGCUAGUGUCUUGUAACAUAAAUGGGGGGGAGGGGUUUGCAUUCCUAUAU